AUGUCGUUGAUCAAUACAACCCUCAACAACGAAGAGCAGGCACAACAUCAGCAAAUUGAAUCCAUCAUAUCACCACAUCAUUCCAUUUCUUCACCCUCGUUGUUAUCACAAAUUCCAGAUCCCCAAACACCAGCCUCAGUCAUUAUGGCCUCUCAAAAUUCAAACCCGAAAGGCCUUUUCAUAUCUGUUCCAUCUUUAAAUCCUUCAUCAACCACAUCUCUCGCCUCUACUCAUCUGAUCUUUAACAAUAAUAACAACAACCACCUCUCAAAUUCAUCUAGCAGCAGUAGCAGUAAUAGCAGCAGUGGUGGGCCCAAUCAUUUUCAUCAUCAUUAUGGAAGUCCUCGUACCACCUCGAGUAGUAGUGCUCUUCCGUACCCGAUAAAAAGUUCAGCCUCAGCAUCAGUGCAUUCGGGAUCGUCGACUUCUGCCACCUAUCCAUCCUCCUCUCCAUUGUUGAGCAGUUCCGUUUCAUCACCAACAUUGAAUGCAACCAAUACUGGUCAAAAUUCUUCUCCUCUCACUCCCGUGAAUAAUCCUUCUGCUAGUAAUAUUUUGUCUUCAGGUGAUACCUCGAGUCAAAACCAUGGUAUUGCAUCCAACUCGGAAAAUCAAGUAGAAGAUUUUGGAAUACUUAUUACAUGCUGUUUACAAAAUGAUUUCAUUGGAAAGUUUCCAGGGUCUGUUGGUACCAAUUAUUCGAGCUCAUUAGAUUACGACUCGAGCACGUUCAUGCACGUUGGAAAACCCGAGUCACAACGUCUACUCGGAAGUGACUAUAAGAGUGGUCCAUUGAAAUCAUUCAUGAGCUGGGCUCGAAGACAAUCCUCAAAUCAUUUGGAAAUUAUUCAUGUGAGAUUUUGGAAUGAAAUUGAUCAAAACAAGUGUAAAAUGUCAAGUCAUCACAAUAAUAGCAGUAGCGAAAGUCAGAACAAAAAACACCAUCCUUCCAGUGCUAAUGCAACUUCUCCAACAACUCCUGAAGUACCAUAUAUUUGCAACGGCUUGUUCUCAGUGAAAGGCACCUCAGGAGCAAAUUUAGUUUUGAAUCUCGAUAAGGACAUACCGAACAGAGACAAUGAGUCCUACGUAAAUAUUACCAAUGUCAAUGCAUUCCAUGGCACGGAUUUAGAGACAAAAAUUGCAAAAGCCAUCGAGAGAAAGCAAAAACAACUCGAUGCAGAAAAUUUAACCAAUGGCACUCACAAAAAGCUCAAUGUUAAAAUUGGUGUGAUUGGUGUUUGGACCGAAUCCACGAUUCAAUAUUUAUUUUAUGAGCUUUCAACGAGAUUUUCACAUUUUUCCAAGCUUCUUUCCACAUGCUCAGCUUUGACUGCAAGCCGAUCACGACAUCAACACUUUUCCAGUCUCCAACAAUUAGAACGAUAUUUCAAUGUUUCAAUAUUUUAUAGCUUGUGUGACUUCCAGGAAUGGCUCAUACCAUUCUGGUGGAAGAAAACCCCAAGUAGUUCAAUAGUUAGUAGCGGCAGAUUUUUAUUUAAACAAUUAGUUCGUUCGCCCAGUACGCCACAAGAUUUGAGCGCUGUUUCUGAAGUCUCUCCAAUACCCAUUCUGGAUAUGCUGGAUAGUGAAGAAUGCGGCUCACAACUUGGCACUAGUAACGAUGAGAAUGUAGCACAUCAAAUAAUGCCUUGUUUUCAUUGGAAAUCAAUAGGUGAUGAUUUGAACAAACUUUCAGAUGUGGAUAAGGAAAUCAUUUGUUUAUUAUAUCAUGAUAGUACAGAUGUUGUUUUUUCACGAUUGUCUGGAGGUCACUCUGGAUCUUGGGUUUUCAAAGUUCGUUCCAAAGAUUUGAUGGGACACGUACAAGCUACGUCCAUUCUCAAGAUUGGAAGAAGAGGUCCCAUUACAAGAGAACGUGUUAAUUUCGAAAAGGUUGAGGAAAUUUUGGGAAAUAACGCACCUCAAAUUCGUGGAUUUUGUGAAUUGAAAGAUCGAGCAGGCAUUAAAUUUGCCUACGCCAGCAUGAUUGAGGAUGAUUUUCAAUUUGCAUCGUCAGAUUCAGAUUUAAUGUCUCCCAAAAGUCCAACCUCACCUCACAUUGCAGCAGCGAGCAUGAAACGAUCGCCAUCAUCAUUUCGAGAAUUGUACAUGAGUGGAGGAAGCAUGUCGACCAUCAAAUCCAUUCUUCACCGUGUAUUUUAUGGAGUCUUGGGAAGAUUUUAUGAUGCAGCCGUGUCUGAACAAAUUGACUUGUUUGAGACGUAUGAUUUUGAUGGAAAGGGCUGGGCCUGGCAUACAGGUGGAACUGACAAUCCAGAUGCCGUACGAGGUCGAAUCGUUUCCAUAUUUUCUGAAUUGCGAGAUUGUUCCUUCUUUGAGCCAAGACAAAUUCCAAAAUCACAGAUCCUAUCAACCACUACUGCUACUACUCCAACAACCUCUGUCACUUCAACUCCCACAUCAUCUAUUGAGCCCUCAUCAGCUCAAGGAAGUAUUUUUGAAAUAUCACCAGAAGAGUGGGAUAGAUUCACACAGGAACAACAGAAUUCUCAACAAAAUUUGAAAAACUCGACAAGUAGUAGUACUACAAGCUCUUCGUCGACUUCAAGCACGAGUCAAACGACUUCGCACUCUCCAUCCAAUUCUCAAAGUCCUUCCUCAAUGAUUCCAAACGGUGGUAGCACCACCACUAUCUACAUAAUUCCACCAACACAGCAACAACAUGGCGAAGAAAAGUAUUUAAUAUUUCCAGGUGGUUUUCGAGUGAAAAAUAUUGUUCAUUUCCUUCGUGACUCACUUCCGAAAAUCAAACAAGGUUAUUUGGCAAAAUCGUUCCACUAUGUCUCCUACGUUCAUGGAGAUUUGAAUGGCAGAAAUAUAAUUUUAGAUACCAAUGAAAAUGUGUGGCUCAUUGAUUUUGAAUACACAGAAAGAACUCACAUUUUGAAAGAUGUAGCAAAAUUAGAAAACGAUAUUGUCUUUGAAUAUACGCCCAUUGAUAGCGAGAAGGAACUUGAAGAGGCUCUCAUCAUUACUAAGGAACUGAUUUCAGUGAAGGAUUUAGCUGAACCUUUGCCCAUCACGCUUGUUGGUUUGAAAUCUGAAAAAUUGAAACGAGCCUGGGAAGCUGUUGUUGAAUUACGCAGCAUUACGAAACGACUGGUGAGGGGUGACCGUAAUCCAGUUCAACUCGAUAUCGUGUUAUUGAGAUAUGCACUGCAUAGCGCAACAUUGAGCUCUCUCAGUAUCUAUCAGAGAGCAUGGGCGGUUGCUACUGCUUGUGCAUUGGCACAAAAGAUUGAACGAAAGGCCUUCCGCAAUGACAAGUAUCAUAUUGAUUGGAUUAAUUUGAAAAGCGUUGAUUCGAUAUGGACUCCUCAUCCAGCGGAAAAGUCACCACAUCAUGAACAGGUGACCGCCACAAACUCAACAACAGCAUCUGAUCCAUGUGUUAACAGCGAAGAAAGUCAUGCAACCAGCAAAAAACGUAAACAUGGUCGGUUAGGAAUUUCCAUUUUACCAGGUAGACCUUCUCACGGCGGUGUCAUGCAAAAUGAUUUGCGAGUACUUCAAAAGAAUAAUGUAAAAAAACUUGUCAUUUUAGCGACACAAGAAGAACUCGAAAGACUUUCUGGAGAUUUAAUUCAAGAAGCCGCUCACAUGGGCAUUGAAACGAAAUUUAUACCUGUUCAGCAAAGGCAUCCUCCUCCAAUGAAUUAUACCAUAUUAUUAUGUGAAUGGAUGCGAGAAGCCAUUGAUGUGAAUUUAGAAGAUGUCGUCAUUGUCUCAGUAUCUGGUUUAGGUCGCUCUGGAACACUUGCUUCAUGCCUAUUACUAUUACGUCAACCAUUGGCAAUGGAUGCAAAAACUUCAAUGAAUGCUGUCAAACUUGUGAGAGGCCCUAGAGUGAUUGAAAAUUCAAGACAAGCUAAAUUUGUUGAGGAAUUUCAUCGAAUUAUUUUGCGGAGAUUGGAAAAGAGUAGUAUGGUCGAUUUUUCGCAACAUGCCAAUCCGUCAUCGUCGACACAACAUAUGAAUACGAGCAACAAUCAUCAUGGCACGACGACAACACCAUCUACCACCAGUCAUACAAUGAGGACAGCAUCACCAAGAAAAGCUUCAUUAGGAAAUAUUCAACACGAAUUUUAUCCAUUCAUGCAACAUAAUGUAAUGCAUGGAGGCGAAUCUCCAAGGAAACCUGUCUUUACACCCUUACUUUUAUCUAGUCAUCAUCAUUAUGGACAUUAUGGGAAUAACACACCUUCAAUGACUGAAGAUUUGAGCAUUUAUUCUCCUCUACCAGUCACUUCCAAUUUUUUUCCAGCAAUGAACAAUGGAAUGAAUAAUACUUCGACAGUUGAAGAGCAGCAAAAAUCAAUGAUGAAAAGUGUGAAAUCGUUUGAUUCACUAUCUACCAUGUAUUCAGAAAGAAAAUAA